GUGUGGACAAAUGAUUACACCACAGUCUCGUAAAGCAGGGGAUACGCGUUUGCAGCGAUACAACUGAAGAGAAAGCAGUACCAAGUAGUAUUGUGUGUCGGAUCAGUGGAACAACAGGGGAGCAACUAGAAGGGGUGGAAUGUACGAGCAACGGGGUUCAACUAUUAAAUAAGCAGCUUGAUCAACUGUCUCCGGCGCUGGAUCCGCUACAUUAGGCCUGAUGGAGCUGGGCACUCGACGAGCGCUGACCACUGAGGAACACCCACCACAAUCUGCCUCCCACUGCCAACCUUGAAGGGAGGGACCCCUCUGCUUCUUCCCCCCCCCUUUCCCCUUCCCUUCUCCCCUCCUCCUCCACUCAAACACUAUCUCCUCUGGUACACCUCCAUCCUCGCCCCUCCGUGGUUUGAGAUGGUGAUGAUGGGGAAGCUGAAGCAGAACCUGCUGGUGGCCUGUCUGGUCAUCAGCUCAGUCACAGUCUUCUACUUGGGUCGUCACGCCAUGGAGUGUCACCACCGCAUCGAGGAGCGCAGCAGGGUCCUCCUGGGCGGCUCGUUGGGCUCCUCCGCCAUCCUGCGGGGCUCCAGACCCGGGGGCCAUAACCUCUCCGUUCCAUUCGUCUACAACAAGGACAUGCCCCUAGUGUUCAUUGGAGGGGUUCCCAGGAGUGGGACAACGUUGAUGAGAGCCAUGCUUGAUGCUCACCCUGAGGUUCGGUGUGGAGAGGAGACCAGGGUUAUUCCACGUAUCCUGGCCAUGAAACAGAUGUGGUCGCGGUCGGGGAGGGAGAAGAUGCGUCUGGACGAGGCCGGGGUGACGGACGAGGUCCUGGACGCUGCCAUGCAGGCCUCUCUAGAGAUCAUCGUGAAGCACGGCGAGCCCGCCAACUUCCUCUGUAACAAGGACCCCUUCGCUCUGAAGUCCCUCUCCUACCUGGCUAAGAUCUUCCCGCACGCCAAGUUUGUGCUCAUGAUCCGGGACGGACGCGCCUCGGUCCAUUCCAUGAUCUCGCGUAAGGUGACGAUCGCUGGCUUUGACCUGGGCAGCUACAGAGACUGCCUGACCAAGUGGAACAGGGCCAUAGAGACCAUGUACACUCAGUGCCUGGAGGCCUCAGACAAGUGCCUGCCGGUGCAUUACGAACAGCUGGUGCUCCAUCCAGAGAAGUGGAUGAGGACGCUGCUCAAAUUCCUGGACAUUCCCUGGAACGAGGCUGUACUUCACCAUGAGGAACUCAUAGGGAAAGCAGGAGGUGUCUCCCUCUCCAAGGUGGAGAGGUCUACAGACCAGGUGAUCAAGCCGGUCAACGUGGAGGCCUUAUCCAAGUGGGUAGGCAAGAUCCCUGCGGACAUACUGAGGGACAUGCCCGUCAUCGCCCCCAUGUUGUCCCGUCUGGGGUACGACCCCUACGCCAACCCUCCCAACUACGGCCAGCCAGACCCCAAGGUCCUUGACAACACCAGGAGGGUGAGUAGGGAAACGACGGACAGGGACACACGUCACCCCAGAACACACAAACACAGACCCCAAACACAGUAUCCUCUGACGCAGAAAGCAGAUCUUAAGGACUGUCUUUCUCUUCUAAUUAGAUUACCUGUCCAAUCAACUUCCUCUAGUUAAAUGACCUGUCCAAUCUCUGACUCGCAUUUAAAUUACCCGGUGAAUUAAUAUCUUGUAUUCAAACGAAUGAAUUCCCAUUUUGAAUGGCUCCUGCUGACAACAUCUGUCUGAAUUCAGUGAUCAUAUUCAAAUGAACCCAUCCUCCAGAGUUCUUCUACUCUACGUAAUACGUUCUUCUACUCUACGUAAUACGUUCUUCUACUCUACGUAAUACGUUCUUCGACUCUACGUAAUACGUUCUUCUUUUCUACACUCGCUCACCUAGCCAGCCGUCAUUGGUGCUGGAAAGCGGCGAGCACACGGCCAUCUAUUCCUGGAGCAGAAUGUUUUAUUAAAUACUAUUUAAGCGAGGAGCCCCUCUCUCAAGCCUCUAGGAUUUCAUAUCUCUGAUCCUAUGAAACAUAUUCAAUCUAUCGCAGUUAUUUUUUUGUUUCUCUGGUUCAAGAUUUAAACUGAUACAUUCCAGUACUGUAGACCCCGGAAGACCUUUGACCUGUGUGUGUUGACAAGAGAUCAUCCGAUUUAACAUCUCUCCGUCGACAUGUUCGCAUGUGAUCUCUAAUCCUCACCUCCACCCUGUUUGGCUUCAGUUCCAGGUUCUAUACUGUCUUUUAAAAUAUAUUGUACAUCAGUGGAGGCUCCUCAGAGGAGGAAGGAGAGGAACAUCCUCCUCAGUCAUAAAAAUACAAAAUUAUUAUUUUUAGAUAAAACUAUACGAAAUAUAUUCAUUCAUAUACACACUGUUUUGCAAUGAAGGUCUACAGUAGCCUCAACAGCACUCUGUAGGGUAGCACCAUGGUGUAGCCGGAG